AAUAUUACAUUAAUACCGGCCGCAUCUUGGAUAUUGUGUUGAUUAUUGGUUACACAAAAUCCGUCAAAGCAACUUUUCCGAGUAAAACAAGAAAAAUACAAUUUAAUAUAGGAUCCUGUUGAUAUUGUGAGUAAAAUCAUCAGUUUUAAUAACUUCAGCACUUGUUCAGAAUGCAAAUCUUUGCACAUGAUAUUAAACACACAACGUCAAUUAAAUCAGUCAAAUGGAAUCACUAAAUCCGCUCUGACUUGAGUGAAUGUGUUGAAAAUCCAGAAAGCAAAGCGAAAAAAAUCAUUGGAAAAUACAUCCGUGUUCGUCGGAACAUGGUGGAAGCAUCCAGCGUUCAGUUGGGGUGCAAAUAAGGUGUCGUGAACAUGCGAAGUGGCAGAUAAACUUCUCGGCGAAUAGCAGGACUUCUGGGAGGAGCCUGGCGGCCGAGAGAGUGAGGUACCCUCUCAGCAUCUCUGCUGAGCCACCGAGGGAUACGCGCUCUUUCCAAGGAGAUUGAAAGAUGCUUAAAAUCAUAAAAGGAUCCAAGCAGAAUCAUUUCAAAGAAAUUCAGCCAGGAAUGGAUUCAAAUCUAGACGGAUAAACUUAAAAUCCUUUUUUGAGCUACAGGACAGGUGGGAUUUGUUCCUUCUUUUUGAGUCCGCCUUAAAGGCUGCCCGUCUGUACCGCCAACAUGCCAGUUCUGGAUCAAGAGCCCUCUAAAGGUUUACCAAGCGGAGAUGCUCUUCCCAAGCUGCCGCUUCCCGCUUUGAGGGACACACUGGAGAUGUACCUGCGGUGUGUGAAGCAUCUGCUUACAGAGGAACAGUUCAACAAGACCCAACAUGUGGUGCAGAAGUUUGGAGCACCUGGAGGAGUGGGGGAGCUACUACAGAGCAAACUCAUGGAGAGGAGGGACAACGAGGCCAACUGGGUGUACGACUACUGGCUGAAGGACAUGUACCUGAACAACAGACUGGCUCUGCCCAUCAACUCCAGCCCAGUGAUGGUCUUCCCACAGCAGCACUUCAAGGCUCCCAUCGACUCGUUAAGAUUUGCUGCUCACUUAAUUUCUGGGGCUUUGGAGUACAAGACUCUUCUUGAUUCACGUGCAUUGCCUGUGGAAUAUGCUCGGGGUCAGCUGGCUGGUACCCGUCUUUGCAUGGAGCAGUACUAUCGGCUCUUCACUUCCUAUCGCCUACCGGGGCCUGAGAGGGACACACUGGUGGCCCAGGAGAGCAGCGUGAUGCCAGAGCCUGAACACAUCAUUGUGGCUUGUAAAAACCAGUUCUUUGUGCUCGAUGUGGUGAUCAACUUCCGCCGACUGAAUGAGAGAGACCUGCUGACUCAGCUGGAGAAGAUCGCCCGGAUGGCUGACAGCAAAGAGGAGCGGCUCCCACCCAUCGGCCUCCUCACCUCGGACGGAAGGACGGAGUGGGCAGAGUCUCGCAGGGUGCUAAUGAGAGAGUCUACUAACAGGGACUCUCUGGACACCAUUGAGCGUUGUCUGUGUCUGGUCUGUCUGGACGACGCCAGUGGGCUUGAACAAAGUGACACAACGCGGGCCGCGUUGAUGCUGCACGGCGGAGGAGCGGCCAAGAAUGGGGGCAACCGCUGGUACGACAAGCCCAUGCAGUUUGUCGUAGGGGCUGACGGCUGCUGCGGAGUUGUGUGUGAACACUCAGCGUUUGAAGGAAUUGUCCUGGUGCAGUGCACAGAAUAUCUACUCAAAUACAUGAUCGGCAGCCCAUCAAAGUUGGUCAGGGCGGCGAGUGUGAGCGAGCUGCCUGCACCGCGCCGCCUCCGCUGGAAGUGUACUCCAGACAUUCACAAGCUCCUCGCCUCCUCUGCUGACAGACUACAAGGAGAGGUGAAAAAUCUGGACAUGAAUGUCCACAAAUUCAACGAUUACGGGAAAGAGUUCAUCAAGAAGCAGAAAAUGAGUCCUGACGCCUACAUCCAGGUUGCUCUUCAGUUAGCUUACUACCGAUGUCACGGCCGACCGGUGGCAACCUAUGAGAGUGCUUCGAUUCGUCGUUUUCAGCAGGGCCGAGUCGACAACAUCCGCUCAGCCACACCCGAAGCGCUGGCCUUUGUCAAAGCAAUGACGGAUGGGAAACUCAGCACAACUGAUACGGAGAAGAUGGAGAUGUUACAAAGUGCCAUAUCCGCGCAAACAAAGUAUACUAUUCUGGCUAUUACAGGGAUGGCAAUAGACAAUCACAUACUGGGACUACGUGAAAUUGCACAUGAGCUGAAGAUGGAGACGCCAGAAAUAUUCAAAGACGAAGCCCAUCUCAUCAGUAAUCACUUCAUUCUCUCUACAAGUCAGGUUCCUACUACGGUUGAGAUGUUCUGCAGCUACGGGCCGGUGGUUCCAAACGGAUAUGGAGCGUGCUACAACCCCCAGUCAGACCACAUUAUCUUCUCCGUGUCCAGUUUCCACGAGAGCUCGCAGACAUGUUCAGCAGAAUUUGUCAAGAUUCUGGUGCAGGGACUCCUGGACCUGAGGGAUCUCUGCAAUAAAUGUAACCGUGGCUCCAAUCCAACGGAGCAAAGACAGGGUCCGAAACUUGAGAGGCACACGCAAACAGACACAAAGUGGCAGAACAAACCACCUGCGAGACCAACUGACCUGACCAAGAAUCAGCAGACACCGCCACAAGUUCUGCUGACGACCCCAGGCCAGACUAAAGCGGAGGCCCAAACCCAGACUUCAUCAGAGGAAUAGGACGAAACUAUAAUAACUAACUGGGAACCGUCAGGGUCGGUGAAAAAAGUGGUGAUGUGACAUUCAGAGGGUCUUUGUGCUGUCACAAUGUAUUCCUCACAAAUGAUGCACUGUAACUGUGUUGCAAAAUAUUACGUGAAACUGGUUGUUGUAUAAUGUAAAAUGUUUGACGCACUGGUGAUAAUGUAAUUUAGAAUAGUCAAGGUGUUUGGUUAUUACAGAGAAAAUGUGACGUAAAGAAAAUCCAACAUACAGCAGUGAUUACAUGAACAUGUAGGUCAGAAUGUGAAGGUUAAAAAAAUGUCAAGCUGAGCCUUGAAUGUCGUUUUGCACUUAAUUGAGAUGAAUAAGGCAAUGAAAUAAGUAAAUUUAUCAUUUGUUGUUGAGCAAGUUUGUGAGUUCUGAUAAAUGACCAUGUGAUCAUCUCACAAUACAUUAACUAGCUAAUAGCAUGCUGCUAUCGAAUGAUUGUCUGAAGAUCACGGUAACUUGUUUACACUAGAAUCUUCUAAGCAAUCUCCAUUUGUGUCUAUAUAUUGUGUAUAAUGUAGAGUACAGUAGUGUAAUAAUUC